UAGAGACUGACCAGCAUGGAUGCAACUUCUUCAUUUAUCAAGUCUGUGACCAAGCGAGUAUGGUCUCCCCCGCAGCGUCCCUUCAGGGUGUGUUGUCACAACAGGGAGACCAGGAAGGGCAUCACAGCCGGGACCCUGGAGGAGCUUAAGGAGAGGGUAUGCCAGGUCUUGCUGCUGUCCCUGUCUGCGGUGUCUCUGUCUCUGGCGUGUGAAGAGGACGGCACAGAGGUGGACUCCGACGAGUUCCUCAUGAGCCUGCCUGACAACACCAUACUCAUGGCCCUGGAGCCUGGACACACAUGGAGACCACCACCGGGUGAAGUUGUGUCCAAAUUUAAAGACCAUAACAAGCCUCGGACCGGGAGAGACAUAGCUCGUGUGACCUUUGACCUUUACAGGAUAAGCCCAAAGGAUGUCUUUGGCUCUCUGAAUGUGAAGGCCACAUUCCAAGGCCUGUACUCUGUGAGCGCUAACUUUGAGUGUCUGGGGCCCAAGAAAAUCAUCAGAGAAGCCCUGCGUGUUGCCUCCACCCUCCUACAUGCUGCUGGACACCUGCUUAUCACUUCCGCCUCCAUGAUCCGCCGCAUUAUUGAAGGUGCAGAGUUUUGGCAGCCACAGAGGACAGAGUACACAGCCAGCUGGAACUGACGCAGCCAAGAGACCUAUUCAUUUGUAACUUAGAGCAACUUGGUUGGAUAUCAUUGUUGAUUUAAUAGGGAUUGGUAGGAUGG